AUUUCCCGGCAGGCAGUGCGGCCAUAGGAGGCGCGGGACUUCAUUUCCCAGAAGGCUUCAGGCGGCGGGCGCCGCGGUGCCUUGUGUGGGAUGCCACCGCCCGCCGCCAUGGGGCUGAAGGCCGCCCAGAAGACGCUGUUCCCUCUGCGCUCUAUCGACGACGUGGUGCGCCUGUUUGCUGCAGAGCUGGGCCGAGAGGAGCCUGACCUGGUGCUCCUGUCCUUGGUCCUGGGCUUCGUGGAGCAUUUCCUGGCUGUCAACCGUGUCAUCCCCACCAACGUGCCCGAGCUCACCUUCCAACCCAGCCCCGCACCCGACCCUCCUGGCGGCCUCACCUACUUCCCGGUGGCCGACCUAUCCAUCAUUGCUGCCCUCUAUGCCCGAUUCACCGCUCAGAUCCGUGGCGCUGUGGACCUCUCCCUCUAUCCUCGAGAGGGAGGUGUUUCUAGUCGCGAACUGGUAAAAAAGGUCUCGGAUGUCAUAUGGAACAGCCUCAGCCGCUCCUACUUCAAGGACCGGGCCCACAUCCAGUCCCUCUUCAGCUUCAUCACAGGCACCAAACUGGACAGCUCGGGCGUGGCCUUUGCAGUGGUAGGGGCCUGCCAGGCUCUGGGUCUCAGAGAUGUCCAUCUGGCCCUGUCUGAGGAUCAUGCUUGGGUGGUGUUUGGGCCCAACGGGGAGCAGACAGCUGAGGUGACAUGGCACGGCAAAGGCAACGAGGACCGCAGAGGCCAGACAGUCAAUGCCGGUGUGGCUGAGCGGAGCUGGCUGUACCUGAAGGGAUCGUACAUGCGUUGUGACCGUAAGAUGGAGGUGGCGUUCAUGGUGUGUGCCAUCAACCCUUCCAUCGAUCUUCACACUGACUCUUUGGAACUGUUGCAACUACAGCAGAAGCUGCUCUGGCUGCUCUAUGACCUCGGACAUCUGGAAAGAUACCCCAUGGCGCUAGGGAACUUGGCAGACCUGGAGGAGCUGGAGCCUACCCCUGGUCGGCCAGACCCACUCACCCUUUAUCACAAGGGAAUUGCCUCGGCUAAGACCUACUACCAGGAUGAACACAUCUACCCUUACAUGUACCUGGCUGGCUACCACUGUCGCAACCGAAAUGUGCGCGAAGCCCUGCAGGCCUGGGCCGACACUGCCACUGUUAUCCAAGACUACAACUACUGCCGGGAGGAUGAGGAGAUCUACAAGGAAUUCUUUGAAGUGGCCAACGACGUCAUCCCCAACCUGCUGAAGGAGGCAGCCAGCCUGCUAGAAACAGGCGACGAGCGGACUGGGGAGCAAGCCCAGGGCACCCAGGGCCAAGGCUCUGCCCUCCAGGACCCAGAAUGCUUUGCCCACCUGCUGCGAUUCUAUGAUGGCAUCUGCAAAUGGGAGGAGGGUAGCCCCACACCAGUACUACACGUAGGCUGGGCAACUUUCCUUGUGCAGUCCCUCGGCCGCUUCGAGGGACAGGUGCGGCAGAAGGUGCACAUAGUUAGCCGGGAAGCAGAGGCAGCCGAGGCUGAAGAACCAUGGGGGGAUGAAGCCCGAGAAGGCCGUCGGCGUGGUCCCCGCAGAGAGUCCAAGCCUGAGGAGCCACCACCACCCAAGAAGCCUGCACUGGACAAGGGCCCGGGCUCAGGGCAAAGUGCAGGGUCGGGACCACCUAGGAAAACAUCAGGGACUGUCCCAGGUACUACCCGUGGUGGCCAGGAAGUCACCAAUGCUGCUCAGGCUCCAGCACCUGCAGCAUCGCCACCCCCAGAGGGCCCAGUGCUCACUUUCCAGAGUGAGAAGAUGAAAGGCAUGAAGGAGCUACUGGUGGCCACCAAGAUCAACUCGAGCGCCAUCAAGCUGCAACUCACGGCACAGUCGCAAGUGCAGAUGAAGAAACAGAAAGUGUCCACACCCAGUGACUACACACUCUCUUUCCUAAAGCGGCAGCGCAAGGGCCUCUGAACUGAGUCUGCGGCAAGGCCCCAGGCCUGCCCUCACUCCAGCAGGCUUCACCCUAGCCCUCUAAUUCAAGCCCAGCCUCCACCCACAGUCCUAGGGGACCCAGAGCUGUCCUGCAGUGACUAGGAGCCGUCAUUUAGCCCCUCUUCAGGCCCCAGAGCCCUGGCUCAGUUCUUAGAAUUUAGGUGUCAUCUCCCUCCAGCCGGCCAAUUGGAAUCUCAUUGUAGGUCCAUGCAACCAAUCUUUACAGGUCCAAUCCCCCAAAAUUCAGUGGACCAUGACAGGAACCUGAGUCACGCCUCAACAGUAGGCAUUCCUCCCACUUGGGAGCUAGAUUGACCUUUGCCCGAGAGCACAGUUGCUACCUGGAAACCAAGGACCAUUCAGUCCCUAGGGGUAGAUUUCCGCACUUUAUAGAGUUCCAUCCUUUGGGAAUCCAAGUCCCUUACCCCAAAGAACUUACAUAUUGCUGCCUGCAUUUGGAAAUCUUCCUCAUCUCCCUAGCCCUGGAGUCCAGGACAUGAAGCUCCGACUCUUAUCUGUGAAUACUGAGCCUCGCCCCCUUCCUGACCAAACUGGCCCAAGAACAGAGCAGGACCUCUUCCAGCCCUCUGGGAACCUCCCUGAGGUCCCAGGAGGAAAUCUGCACGGGGUGGGGGAGGGCCAGCCUCUUCCUGUUUUGUACAUAGAUUUAUUUUUCAGUUCCAAGAAAGAUAAAUGCAUUUUGUUAAGAAAAAAGAGA